CUCAGAUCCUGGUGGGAUCAACAGCCUUAGCAGAGAGAUUCAUAGGCACAGCUCUUCUUUUUUUUUUUACUUUAUAAAAAAGUACACAACUUUGUCCGAACAACAAUCCGGUUACAUAGUCUUGCAUGUGGGAAAAAAAACUGCGAAUGAACAUGUAGAGGUUAUGCUACUCCAAAGUCCUCUGUUGAGUCAGAAAGAGAGUGAAAAGGGCUAAGGACCGCAUCACAACAUACUUCACUGACCUCGUGACCCCCUGCACGGUGCCAUGAGCAACCCUAAGGACGCCAGCGACACCAACGUCGCCGCCAACACCAAGACCACGGUCACCUCAGUUCCGGUCCCGCUGCCGCCCUCUCCGCGGCGGAUUGACGAUGAUGAGGAUGAAGAGCUGGAUCUGAACAAGACCCUGGGGGUGCAGCGGUUUCAGCAGAUCCUCCACCCGCCGGCCCGUGGACCCCCAGAGAAGCACCGGGCCUAUAACGAGGAGGACUUUGAGUACCACCGCCAGUCCUCUCAUCACAUCCACCACCCGCUGUCCAAACUGCCCCCAGAAGGGAAGACAAAGAAGAGCAAGAAGAAGAAGAAGAAGGAGGGAGCGGGACGGAGGAGAGGAUCUGGGGCCGGAGGAGCUCCCACCAUAGAGGAGGACGAGGAGGAGGAAGAGGAGGCAGAGGGAGAGUACGAUGGAGAGGGGGGGCAGACCACCACACCUACACCUGAUACAGAGACGGACACACACAACGACGAUGUGCAGUUCUUUGUGUCUGAGGAUGACUGUGCCAGUGCCACUACUACCCCCACGCCAAGCCAGCCUGGCAGUGCCAGCUUUCCCAGGCACCUCACCAUCGUACCCGAGACUGCUCUGGGCACCAACCUGCCAGAGGAUGCCACACCUACUGAUAAGCCAGUGGACUCGGUGUCGGCCCCUCACAAAGGGAGGAACGGCCUGUCCUCCGGCCCCUCCCGGGAGUCCCCCAGCCCCUCCACAUGGGGCUCCAUACCUCCCUCCUCCAGAGUACCGCCCCCUGGUGGCAGCCGCAGCUACGACCUGCAGGAGCGCCGGCGCUCGGGCAACAUGACGUGCGGGCUGCAGGAGCAUCACCAGCGCCAGGCCACCGACGACAGCGAGGCCCAGAUGCUGGGGUCUGCCGACCUGGAUGGAAUCAAGAGCCACAGGUUUGAGGAUGUGCCUGCGGUUCGCCGUCACCUGGUCAGGAAGAGCAACAAGGGUCAGGUGGUGCACAUCAGCAAGGACCACAAGGAGCCUAGCGCCCGCAGCCGCAAGUUGGAUCGCACCCCACAUGAGGUGUUUGUGGAGCUGAACGAGCUGGUGAUGGAUAAGAACCAGGAGUUGCAGUGGCGGGAGACGGCUCGCUGGAUCAAGUUUGAAGAGGACGUGGAGGAGGAGACGGACCGCUGGGGCAAACCCCACGUCGCCUCGCUCUCCUUCCGUAGUCUCCUGGAGCUCCGAAAGACCAUCUCCCACGGUGCGGUGCUGCUGGACUUGAAGCAGAAUACCUUGCCUGGCAUCGCUCAUCAGGUGGUGGAGCAGAUGAUAAUCUCUGACCAGAUCAAAGUAGAGGACCGGGCCAAUGUCCUCAGAGCCCUACUACUCAAACACAGUCACCCGAGCGAUGAGAAAGAACAUAGCUCUUUCACGCGGAACAUCUCUGCCGCCAGCCUGGUCUCACUGAUGGUGAACCACCAAAACAGCAGCAACCACACGGACCAAGCCGAGCCCUCUGUGACUGACCCCCUCAUGGAUGGAGGAGUGGCUGCCGGCACCCUCACAGAAUCCCGCAUUGACAUGGAGAAGAGCGAGAAGGACAAUCCUGCCAUAAUGGGCAUGCACAGGUCCAAGUCCAAGCAUGAGCUCAAGUUGCUGGAGAAGAUUCCGGAAAACGCAGAGGCCACUGUCGUCCUCGUAGGCGCCGUGACCUUCCUGGAGCAGCCUUCCAUGGCGUUUGUGCGUCUGCAGGAAGCCGUGCUGCUGGAGUCGGUGCUGGAGGUGCCCGUCCCUGUGCGUUUCCUCUUCCUCCUCAUGGGCCCGCCCAUCGCCAACAUCGACUACCACCAGAUUGGCCGCUCCAUCUCCACACUUAUGUCUGACAAGCACUUCCACGAGGCAGCGUACCUGGCGGACGAGCGGCAGGACCUGCUGAACGCCAUCAACAGCUUCCUGGACUGCAGCAUUGUGCUGCCGCCGUCUGAGGUGGGCGGCGAAGAGCUGCUGCGCUCGGUGGCCCGCUUCCAGAGAGAGAUGCUCCGCAAGAGAGAGGAGCAGCAGGGCAAGGAGCUCAAGGUCAAAGAGCCAAAGAGCCCGAAGGAUAAAGCUCUGCAGGCGCCCUUCAAACCUGGGGUCGAUCCUCUCCGCCGUUCAGGCCGCCUGUUUGGGGGACUGAUCCGCGACGCCGCACGGCGCUACCCCAAAUAUGCCAGCGACUUCCGUGACGCGCUCAACCCCCAGUGCAUGGCCGCCGUCAUAUUCAUCUACUUCGCUGCCCUGUCACCCGCCGUCACCUUCGGAGGACUGCUGGGUGAGAAGACGGGGGGGUUGAUUGGCGUGUCGGAGCUGAUCAUCGCCACGGCACUGCAGGGGGUUAUAUUCUCCCUCCUUGGGGCGCAGCCUCUCCUUGUGGUGGGCUUCUCUGGACCCCUGCUGGUGUUUGAGGAGGCCUUCUACUCGUUCUGCAAUGCCAAUGACAUGGAGUAUCUGACGGGCCGGGUGUGGAUUGGCUUCUGGCUGGUGCUCAUUGUGGUCCUCAUAGUGGCCUUCGAGGGCAGCUUCCUGGUCCGCUUUGUCUCGCGCUUCACCCAGGAGAUCUUCUCCUUCCUCAUCUCCCUUAUCUUCAUCUACGAGACCUUCUCCAAACUGGGCAAGAUCUUUCAAGAGCAUCCUCUUCAACGCUGUUACCUAGUCAACGGCACAUGGACGUCAUCAUCAUGCAACCACACUGUGGUCGACGUGCCUGGCAAUGUGGUAGGAGAGCCCAACACAGCCCUCCUGACGCUGGUGCUCAUGUCCGGAACGUUCUUCAUUGCAUUCUACCUGCGCAAGUUCAAGAACAGUGCCUUCUUCCCCGGCAAGCUCCGUAGGAUGAUUGGAGACUUCGGGGUUCCUAUCUCGAUUCUCAUCAUGGUGUUGGUGGACUACAGCAUAAAAGACACCUACACCCAGAAGCUGAGUGUGCCCACAGGCUUCUCGGUGACCAGUCCUGAGAAGCGGGGAUGGCUGAUCCCCCCGCUGGGCUCGGACGGCCAGUUCCCUGUCUGGAUGAUGGGUGCUAGCAUCCUGCCCGCCCUGCUCGUGUUCAUUCUCAUCUUCAUGGAGACGCAGAUCACCACGCUGAUAGUCAGCAAGAAGGAGCGGAUGCUGUUGAAGGGCUCCGGCUUCCACCUGGACCUGCUCAUCAUUGUGGCCAUAGGUGGGGUUUCGGCCCUCUUCGGCCUGCCCUGGUUGGCUGCCGCCACCGUGCGUUCUGUCACCCACGCCAACGCCCUUACCGUCAUGAGCAAGGCGGUGGCCCCCGGCGACAAGCCCCGUAUCCAGGAAGUGAAAGAGCAGAGGGUGACGGGCUUCCUCGUAGCUCUGUUCGUCGGUUUGUCCAUUGUGAUCGGAGAUCUCCUGCGCCAAAUCCCCAUCGCCGUGCUCUUUGGGAUUUUCCUCUAUAUGGGUGUCAUGUCCCUCAACGGUAUUCAGCUCACUGAGCGCAUGCUGCUGCUGCUGAUGCCUCCCAAGUAUCAUCCUGACCAUACCUAUGUCCGCAAGGUGAGGACCCUGCGGAUGCACCUGUUCACAGGGAUCCAGUUGGUGUGUCUGGCGGCGCUGUGGGCGGUCAUGUCCACCGCGGCUUCGCUGGCAUUCCCCUUCGUCCUCAUCCUCACCGUGCCCGUCAAAUGGUUCCUGCUGCCCCGCAUCUUCACCACGCGUGAGAUGCAGUGUUUGGAUGCAGAUGACGCAGAACCUAAGUUUGAUGAGAAGGAGGGACAGGAUGAGUACACAGAUAUGCACAUGCCUGUAUGAUGAUUGGUUGGGGACAACGUGAUGGACAUCCUGCCGACCAAUAGGCACCCUAGUCCUAUAUUCCAGGAAGUUGCUCCUAACCCACCAAAUCCUUUGUUUGAAAGGUUUUUAGAGUCCCAACUCCCAAAUCAUGUUUUUUUAUCUGUUUUUACUAUUUUGCUUUUCGGAAGGUGGAUUUAUACUUAGAAAUUAUUUGAGUCAUUGUUACAAUGUUGAAUUAUGUAUCUUUGCGGUAUUUUGGGGUAUGUUUUAAUUUCAGGUGUGAGUUGGAUUUGAUAUGUGUCAAAGUAAAGGAUUGGUGUCAACGUAAAAGCUGCUGUUUACCAUUGCAGUGUAUACACUUUACACUUUAGUCAUUUAGCAGACGUUCUUAUCCAGAGCGACUUACAGUUAGUGAGUGCAUACAUUAUUUUUUUAUUUUUCAUACUGGCCCCCCGUAGCCUAUAUCCAGCGCCUAUUCAAGACUUCUGGAGAGAUAAUUAUUUCUGGUUUACAGUGUCUUCUGUUUGCUUCUGUGGUGGCGUUAUCACAUAUGCUAUGUGGCUAUGCAAGUUGGUUAUGAUGAUGUGCGGUCCGUAACAGUGUAAUCAAGCCGAAGAGUUUGUUUUAGAAUCAGGUACAGUGGGUAAGUGAUUGAAUCUAACGUGUUUUGUUCUAGUGGACAGGGUCUGUUCAGGUUAUGGGGAGUGUGUUUACAGGGGUAUGAUAAAUUAAGAAUAGGGGGUGCCUAAAUCCGUUAUAUUGUUGUUUAAAGAGCAACUGUCCCUAAAAACCAACUUCUCAUUUUGGAAAACAGUCUCUGUGGCAUCACUAUGAGUCAGAGACAUGUAUUCUACUGUCGAAAUUGACUACAAAGUGUAAAUAGGAUAAUUUAGGUCAUGAAGUCAGUCUCGUCCAAAACUGAGUUUUGUGAGACUUGUGGUCAUGACUGCAUCACAGCGUAAAUGAAGGUUGGGUUUGUUUCAAUCCUGCCCACAUGCCCCCAGCUGGCAGCCCACAAGCAAUCAUCAAUUCCGAGUGCAGCUGCACGUGACCCGAUCUUAAUGCCUGUGGUAAAUUUGUGUUGACUUUGGAUAUUCCUAUGGGGCUAGUUAGAGAUCAUUGGUAAAUGACACAAUGUAUAUGGGACAUUAUGUUAAAAUUCCAAUUGUUCCAAAUUUCAAUCACUUAAAAACCUCAAACCAACUAUAAAAUUGUAGAAAUUCAUAUACAAAUAUUGAAAGUGUUUAAUGAGAAAACUAAAACGUGUACAACAUGAAAAUAUUGUCUAAUUUACAUUGUGUAAUUUAUUGACGGUCUCUAACUAGCCCCAGGAGAUAGGCUAUCCAAGGUCAAACCAACUUUGCCACUGUCACACACCAGCCAGCUGAAGCUAAUUGGCUAAAUAACUCUUCCCACCUGUGAACACACACACACGAGACACCCAUGUCCAACCACACCC